ACGAAGGCCAUGAAAACAAAAUGGCGAAUUUCACCGAGAUAAAACCAAUUCCUGUAGUAAAUAAUGUAAUUACCGAUCAAGAAUUGCUCUACGACAGCGAAAAACAAAGCAAUGGUGUUCAUACCAGAUUUGUCCCAGUCAGCGCACAGAAGACACAUAGACUUCUUCUUGACAAGCAUUCCAUUGCUCUUGUUGAUCGUCAUGUGCGAGCUAUUGACAGACUCACCAAAUACUUCAACCGUGGCUUUCUUAUGAAAGAUAUUGAGUUCAUUACMGACAUACUUGUGGUUUGCACAGAGAGAUUAACUCAAAAUUCUGAAUAUGAAAAGCCUGUAUGUCAACUUAUUAAAGUCUGUGGGUAUCCAUUUCUCAAGGAAAAGUCUUCAGAUGAAGGAACAUAUGCAGAUUUGAUCAUCCAAUUGCUUACACAGCUUGGUAAUCUUAUCAGUGUGGCAUCAGUGGAAGUAGGACUUGCCCUUUGUCAUUCAUUAACAUCAUUAUAUUGUCAACAGUCACAAGAGAAGAUGAUUGAUGACUAUCAAGUACCAAGCCUUCCAUACAUCAGAGGGUUGAUAGAAGUCAGUGGCAUAGCAAGAACUCUUGUGGAGUCAUUGGAGUUUAUAACUGACAUUACUCUCAGGGUGGAAGUAAUGAGAGUACUGCAAUAUUACUCUUGUUCUGCUCUCAACUGUGAUGACAUGUUAACAGUUGGUGCUGCUGGAAUAAUAUGCAGUGGACUUGACUGUGAAGACCCGUCUGGAAGGUUGAUUUUCCUUUCUGUGGAAAUUUUAUGGAAUUUUGUUGAGCAUGGGUCAAAACAUGUGGUUGCAGAUCAGUUGAACUGUAAGGAUUGCAUCAGGGCUUUGAAAGACAGCUUUGUGAAUCAAAUAAAGUAUGGCUACAGUCAUGCUGAUAGACAACUAAGGAAUGACUUAUUACUCUUUUCACUGUUAGUGGCAAACUCCUGUCCCAAUGCUCCAUUUGUGGAAACUGGCUACCUGAAACUCCUUGUGCUUUUUGCAACUUUCACAGAAGUUAAAAGCCACAAUGAACUUGUAAGGAAUUUAAAACUAUAUCAGAAUCAUGAAGAUUUUGAAAUGAAGAAAUUGUUGAUGCACCUGAUGGUUGUACUAAGUAGUGACCCAACAUCUGUUAAUAUAAUGUGUGAGGGACAUGUACUGCUGUCAUUGUUUUUCUAUGUAAGAUCCAAUGAUAACCCACCAUCCACAGAGUGGUCACCAGCUCAGUUUGAAGAACUGCAACUUCAGGCCUUAGAUGCCUUAGCUACAUUGGCACCCUUAUGUAUUGAUGACUACAUGACAUGUCAGGGUAAUACAAGACUUCUUAUGUUAUUGGAAUGGUGUGUUGGACAAGAGGAUUAUGGUGGCCAUGGAAACAGUUUCUAUGGAAGUGGUGGCCGUGGAAACAAAAGAGCUCAGAUGCGAUAUUGCUUGAGGCUGCUUCGUAGUAUGUGUUCAGUUGGAGAUGAUCUUGUCAAUCAAGACAUGGUAGAUCAAGGUGCUAUAGAUCAGCUUGUUGGAAUCCUUUUAAAUGCCAGCACCAGCAAUGACGACAAUGAUUUGAUUGACAUUGAGAUGCAGUGUGACAUGCUCUUUAUUGUAUCAACRCUAUGUGAAGCAGAUACACACAGAAAGGAAUUAUUUGGAGCACAAGGUGUUAAUGUGGUUUUAGAAUUUUUGAAAAAAGAUCCCAGCAAGAUCAACAGUCCUUUGGGGCAUCAUAAACUCUUCCUGGCCACCGUGGACUGUGUAUGGUCUUCAAUUCUGGGAUGUUACAUUAAUGAAGAAUUGUUUCUUGAAAGUGAAGGCGUAUUCUUUCUGCUUGAUCUACUGGAGAUUUGCCCAAAUACGAUGCAAAAUGUCAUCCUGGGAUGUUUGGUUGAUCUGUGUGAAAAUCACAAGUCUCUGGCUCAUCUGUCGGCUUGGCGAGGGAAGCAAGAGACAACAAUAGGGAAACUUUUGGUUCGUUUAUGGAAGAAAGAAGAAGAAAAUAUCGGAGUAUUACGUGACAGCACAGGAGCAAUAUCUGAUCCCAAGAAGCCAUUAAUGGGUAUGAUUCAAGAACGUCAAGGCGUUGUAGCUUUACCUGCUGAUCGUCCUAGUCAAGCCAUUGUGGAUGUCUCUGAGAACAUGAGAGCAAAAAUAUUUUCUUUGUUUUGCAAAUUAGGGUUUAACGACGUGCCUGGGCUAUCGACAUCGGAUUACAUAACUGUAGCAAUCAUUGAAAAAUAUUUAGACUUUAAAGUGGCUGAAACAUGGAGAGAAGUCAAACUUGAGUUGGAACAAGAAAACGUUCGUCCUGUUUCACCAGAUGUCGAAUGCUUGAAUGAAAUUACGAAGAUCCUUGAUGAACGAGCCAAUGGCGUAGCAGCUGCUCAGGUACAGUUAAUGCAAACACAACGAGAUCAAGAAUURCUUGAUGAAGAACAACAUUACGAAAUGAUCAAAGAAAGCCAUCAACAGGAAGAGAAAGCGUACAGAGAUUUCUGUGAUUAUGUUACACGGACAUCAGACUAUGGURCACUUGUGGAAGCGAAACAAAGACAGUUUCAUAUUAUUGAGAACUCACGAUAUGAAGAACAACCUAGCAAUGGAGAAACAGAGCACGAAACACUUCAAAGUAACUUGCAGAGUACAGUGAGUAUAUCAUUUACAGUCUUACCUUCUCGAAACAAAACUUCUGUUAUGUUUUGGCGAAUGGUAAAUUGUCAAUCGGAGAUUUACGGCGGAAAUGAUUCAUGGGUAUUGUCGAUUGAGGGAAAAUGAUAAUUAAUUUAUACUGUAAGAUAGUCUGUGGUAAACAUUGGCUCCUUUUAGUCUCUAUUUUCAUCCAVUGAACCAAACAAGUGAAUUGUUGCAUAUCAAACAGCAUAACCAUAGUUCCUUUCGGUCGUGCUAUCUA